AUGGGAGCCGCCCGCCUGCUGCCUAACCUUACUCUGUGCUUGCAGCUAUUGAUUCUCUGCUGUCAAACGCAGGGGGAGAAUCACCCGUCUCCUAAUUUUAACCAGUACGUGAGAGACCAGGGCGCUAUGACUGACCAGCUGAGCAGGAGGCAAAUCCGUGAGUACCAGCUCUACAGCCGGACCAGUGGCAAGCACGUGCAGGUCACCGGGCGUCGCAUCUCCGCCACCGCUGAGGAUGGCAACAAGUUUGCCAAGCUCAUCGUGGAGACGGAUACGUUCGGCAGCCGGGUCCGCAUCAAGGGGGCAGAGAGUGAGAAGUACAUCUGUAUGAACAAGAGGGGCAAGCUGAUUGGGAAGCCAAGCGGGGAGAGCAAAGACUGCGUGUUCACCGAGAUCGUUCUGGAGAACAACUACACCGCCUUCCAGAAUGCCCGGCAUGAGGGUUGGUUCAUGGCUUUCACUCGCCAAGGCCGGCCACGACAGGCCUCUCGGAGCCGCCAGAACCAGAGAGAAGCCCACUUCAUCAAGCGCCUCUACCAGGGCCAGCUCCCUUUCCCCAACCAUGCCGAGAAGCAGCAGCAGUUCGAAUUUGUAGGCUCGGCUCCCACCCGCAGGACCAAGCGCACUAGGAGGCCCCAGCCCCAAACGUAGUCAAGGAGGCAGUAGUGAGCAACGUGGU